UUUAGUAAGGGCAAUAACAGAACAUUUAUAUAACAGGUCCAUUUUGUGCCUAUAAAACGUUGUAAUCCUCAACUUCCAAAUUAAAGCAAUGUCAAGGUUCUCAAGGAGACUACUAAUAAAACUCUAAAAGUGUAAAACAGCAGUUCAAAAAAAGUAACAACUUCAUAGAAUGUGUCUUUUCGGUGAAGUAACUAUGUGUCUAUGUUAGGGGGGAGUUUAAGGUACUGCGUUUUCAUGAACCCUUGUUAAACACUCUACUAACAAGCAGGUGUAAGGGAGCAAACAAAGCUUACCUGCGUAUCCAAAUUGCCAUGAUAAUCCUCAUUUUUCAGGUUAUAAACCAUGGGAUCAGUCAAACUGUCAUGGACCGUGCCGUUGAAGUAGCUUCAGAUUUCUUCAAACUGCCAAGUGAGACAAAGCAGGAGUUUGCAUCAGGCGACAUCCGAAGGCCUGUUAGAUACGGCACCAGCUCAAAGGACGGCACUCGUCCGUCACGGGCAUUCCUAAAGCAUUAUGCCCAUCCCCUCAGUGAAUGGAUGAAAUAUUGGCCAGAAAAACCACCAACCUACAGGAAAAACAUUUUUUCUAGAAAUUUUCUGCAAUCUUGAACCACAGAACCAAUUGUGUGAUUCUCAUCUAACAUAGCUGAUUUUCGUGUACUGAAAACAGGGAGGACAUGGGAAAAAUUUCAGCUGAAGUAAGGAGGGUGGCUCUGCAGCUGAUGGAAGCCAUACUUGAAGGCCUAGGACUGGGCAAAGACUACCAGCAUGAAGAAUUUGAGAGAGGAUUGCAGCUACUGCAAGUGAACUGCUACCCGAAAGAACCAGAAGGCGAAUCGGCGAUAGGGCUGGCGCCACAUUCCGACCACGGAUUUCUUACCAUCUUGCUCGUGAGCUGCCCGGGCCUGGAGGUCCUUGACCGCAGUAGUGACACUUGGAGGGUGGUCCAGCAACCCCGGCACGCGUUGCACGUCCACGUAGGAGACUACAUGGAGGUUCUGAGCAAUGGCAGGGUGAAGACCGUCGUGCACCGUGCUGUCCUGAACCCUGGAGAGGCGAGGAUCUCCAUGGCGAGCAUCCAUAGUUUUGCAAUGCACGAGAAGGUCUCCGUUGCCAAGAAGCUGGUGGAUGAGCAAGAUCCUGAGAAAUACAAGGAGAGCAGCUUCAGUGACUUCCUGGACUACCUCAUGAGCAAUGCAGACAAGAAGCGCAUGAGCUUUCUUGAGAGCCUUAGGAUUUGAGGAGCGUACGAGGCCCUGAUAAUCACUUAAUCAGGGUGUAAUCUUUACUCGAAGCACAAGACUCAAGAGCGAGGAAUACGUUCAUUCUCAAAUCUGUUUCGGAUGACCUAUCUGUAGUGUUGCUUUUUGGCGUGAAGGUACUGACUGAAGGUGCUGUUUUUCCGUUUCACCUCACUAUAUGAUUACGAGUCUUCAACUGAAAGUUUAUGGUCACGAGCCUGUAUAAACUGAGUUAAAAGAUCCAUGAUAGACUUUGGCAAAUAAUAAAUAAAUAAAUAUCAAUGAUACACAGGAAUGAACUAUUUAUCAGUUCUAAUCUGCACGACGUCGAAAAUUUUCAGUUAGGAAGAAGCUUGGCACGUAAGUUAACAGGUUGCUGGAACACUUUCGCUACAAGGUUUGGACACAUAAUGGUUCACCUUGGAGGCGAAUGAUGGCCAAGAUCUAAAAUUGGAUCCACCCGUAGCUAAUAAAUCGGUCCCUUCUGGGCCUUCGAAGCAAACCUACGUACCCCAACAUCAUAAUUAAUUGGUAU